AACCCCACCCUUGCCUAUAUAAACUGUACUUCGCGUGCUUCUAAUUACCGUGUUGCUAUUGAUUUAUCUCUCUUAAAAGGUCAAACAAAGUUCCCAAUUUGCUCUCUGUCUCUUUGCUUUUGUGAUUCAAAAGAGUGUUUAGACUCAGCGUUCUUGAUUGAAGAGGAAUGGCUCGUACCAAGCAAACUGCUCGCAAAUCAACCGGAGGAAAGGCUCCCAGGAAGCAGCUCGCCACAAAGGCUGCAAGAAAAUCUGCUCCGACCACCGGUGGAGUAAAGAAGCCUCACCGUUACCGUCCCGGAACUGUUGCUCUUCGUGAAAUCCGUAAGUACCAGAAGAGUACUGAGCUUUUGAUCCGUAAGUUGCCCUUCCAACGUCUUGUUCGUGAAAUUGCUCAAGACUUCAAGACGGAUCUGAGGUUUCAGAGUCACGCGGUGCUCGCCCUUCAGGAAGCUGCUGAGGCGUAUCUUGUGGGUCUGUUUGAGGACACCAACCUUUGCGCUAUUCACGCCAAACGUGUUACAAUCAUGCCUAAGGAUAUCCAAUUGGCUAGGCGAAUUCGUGGCGAGCGUGCUUAAGUGUACUCCCGAUAUACUUGCCCCUCAGAUUUGUAUUAAUUAGGGUUUUAACAACUUGGUGCUAUUUCUUUUGUUUUGUAAAGAAGGAUGAUAUGAAACAUUUGGAAAGAAGUUUGUAGGAUAAUUGGAUAUUGUGGAACCUAUUUUAUCUAGAUAAAAAUCUUAUUGUGUU